AUGUCCAAGCAGAACGGUGUUGACUUCAGUCAGAGUGCUGUUGAUGGGUUCCAAGAGUUAUGGGCAUCCUGUCGCAUCCUGAGGUGCAACUCUGACUUUGUAGCUGUCACCCUGGACCUUGGGGGCAGCGGUGGGGGCGGAGGAGGCGGCAGCAGAGAGGGCAAUGCGGGCUACUGCAGUGCCCUCCGCUCCUAUGCCAUGUGUACCCGCCGCAUGGCCCGUGCCUGCCGGGGUGACCUGGCCUACCACUCAGCCGUGCAGGGCAUCGAGGACCUCCUCAUCCAGCACAGCUGCCCCAGGACAGGCCCCACCGCUCAACCCCGGCCCCUGCCACAGGCCCCCAUCUCUGGGGACGCCUGUAUCUACGAGAAGGGCUACCUCCAGCGUGAGGGCCGGACCCCUGACUAUCUCCACUGUGGGGUGUUCGGGGAUCCCCAUGUUCGCACCUUCCGUGAUGAGUUCCAGACGUGCGCUGUACAAGGGGCCUGGCCACUGAUAGAUAAUGAGUAUCUAUACGUUCAGGCAACUAGCGCCCCCAUGAGAGGAGGGGCGUAUGCCACGGCUCUCAUCACGAUUACCAUCAUCUUUAAGAACUGGCGCCAGUGUAUCGAGCAGCAGAUCUACCAGGCGGAGCUGGACAACGUUCCCGCAGCCUUCUUGGACGGCUCAGUGACCAGCGGGGAGAGGCAGGGCCAGCACAGCCUGAGCGUCCACUCUGAUCUGCCUGGGCGCCAGGCUGAGAUCCGUGCUGCCCACAUCGGCACCACCCUGGUGGUGCGUCAGAGUGGGCGGUCCCUGGGCCUGUCAGUACGCUCGCCAAGUGCCAUUGCUGAAGCAUUCACCCCCGAGCAGGACCUGCAGCUGUGUGUAUAUGGCUGCCCACCUUCACAGCGCCUAGAGACGCUACCCAGCCCCUCUUCUUCCUCCUCCCUUUCCUCCUCUUCCUCCAGCCAGCCCUCUGCUGCAGCCCAUGUCCACUGUGCAGCCCUCCUCCCUGCCAGGGACAUCUACUACCAGGCCUGCCUGUUUGACCUGCUGGCCACAGGGGACCUCAACUCCAGUACGGCGGCCGUGGCGGCCCUGGAAGACGCCCGGGGAAUGAUCUCAGACCCCAAUAAGGUGCAUCUGCUACUGGUGGGCAAGGCCGAUGGGAGUAGCCCAUGUCUGCCUCUGAUCCUGGCUGUGGCCGUCCUAUCAGAGCAUCUGUUGGCUCUGUGGACGGGGCAGUGUUUAUGA